CCACUCAAUUGUACCUGGCCCAUCCUCGGCGCCGACCGUAUCUUUGAAAUGGCAAGCAAAAUGACGCCUUUAAUCCGCACCGCCGUCCGGUCGGCAUGCCGCUCAACACCAAAGCCGCAGAUCAGCAUGAGCAGCAGGACAAUCUCUUCGACGGCCUCAAGACGUAGCGAUACGCUCAUGGUCCACCGCAACACGCCCGACAACAACCCAGACAUCCCCUUCAAGUUCUCGGCCCAGAACGAAAAGGUCAUCACCGAAGUCCUGAAGCGCUACCCUCCCCAGUACAAAAAGGCCGCCGUCAUGCCGCUGCUCGACAUUGGCCAGCGUCAGCAUGGCUUCACCAGCAUCAGCGUCAUGAACGAGGUCGCUCGCAUCCUCGAGAUGCCUCCCAUGCGCGUCUACGAGGUCGCCAGCUUCUACACCAUGUACAACCGCACCCCCGUGGGCAAAUACUUUGUUCAGGCCUGCACGACGACACCAUGCCAGCUCGGCGGCUGCGGCUCCGACGCCAUCGUCAAGGCCAUCAAGGAGGAGCUCGGCAUCUCGCAGGGCCAGACCACCCCGGACGGCCUCUUCACCUUCAUCGAGGUCGAGUGCCUCGGCGCCUGCGUCAACGCCCCCAUGAUCCAGAUCAACGAUGACUACUACGAGGAUCUGACCCCGGAGACCACCAAGAGCCUACUCGCCGGCCUCAAGGACCCCAGCAAGCCCGUGCCUCCCGCUGGUCCCCUGAGCGGCCGCCACUCGUGUGAGCACAGCGGAGGCCUCACGAACCUGACGAGCGAGCCAUGGGGUAUUGAGACCACGAGGAGUGAUCUGUGA